UACGCGCCUGACAGACGCGUGUUUAGCGCAGAUCUCACGCGCCGUACGGAAGUGUGCUCUGGCGCACCGGAAGCGGCCGGAAGAGAGCGAUGGCGGGUUUGACUGUGAGGGACCCUGCGGUGGAUCGUUCUCUGCGUUCGGUGUUCGUGGGGAAUAUUCCAUAUGAGGCUACUGAAGAGCAGUUAAAGGACAUCUUUUCUGAGGUUGGACCCGUUGUUAGUUUCAGGUUGGUAUAUGAUAGGGAGACAGGAAAGCCAAAGGGUUAUGGCUUCUGUGAAUACCAAGACCAGGAGACGGCACUUAGUGCCAUGCGAAACCUGAAUGGGCGUGAAUUCAGUGGAAGAGCACUUCGUGUGGACAAUGCUGCCAGUGAAAAGAACAAAGAAGAGCUGAAGAGCCUUGGCACUGGUGCCCCUGUCAUUGAGUCACCUUAUGGAGAGACCAUCAGUCCUGAGGAUGCCCCUGAGUCCAUUAGCAAAGCAGUUGCCAGUCUUCCACCAGAGCAGAUGUUUGAGCUGAUGAAACAAAUGAAGCUCUGUGUCCAGAAUAGUCCUCAGGAAGCACGGAACAUGUUGCUUCAGAACCCUCAAUUGGCUUAUGCUUUGCUACAAGCACAGGUAGUGAUGAGAAUUGUGGAUCCAGAGAUUGCCCUGAAAAUUCUGCAUCGUCAGACAAAUAUCCCAACACUGAUUGCAGGCAACCCUCAGCCAGUCCACAGUGCCGGCCCUGGCUCAGGAUCCUCUGUGUCAAUGAGCCAGCAGAAUCCUCAGGCCCCUCAGGCCCAGUCUUUGGGUGGAAUGCAUGUCAACGGUGCACCUCCUCUGAUGCAAGCUUCUAUGCAGGCUGGAGUUCCAGCACCAGGGCAAAUACCAGCAACUGUAACAGGACCUGGCCCUGGUUCCUUAGCUCCUGGAGGAGGAAUGCAAGCCCAGGUUGGAAUGCCAGGAAGUGGGCCAGUAUCCAUUGAGCGGGGACAAGGAACCCUACAGCACUCGCCCGUGGGACCCGCCGGGCCUGCAUCAAUUGAGCGAGUUCAAGGGCAGAGAACAUGGAUGAUAUGGGCAUCUGUCCGAGGCUGUACUCCCUCCCUACUGGUGUCAGGAGGCUUGGAUGGAAUAGCAGUCUUGCCAAUGCAGGACCCCAGAGCAGCUAUGCAGCGUGGUCCCUUGCCUGCCAACGUCCCAACUCCUCGAGGUCUACUAGGAGAUGCUCCAAAUGAUCCACGUGGAGGCACUUUACUUUCUGUAACUGGAGAGGUAGAGCCUAGAGGUUAUCUGGGACCACCUCAUCAGGGUCCACCCAUGCACCAUGUCCCUGGUCAUGACAGCCGUGGCCCACCCCCACAUGAAAUGAGGGGAGGGCCAUUAGCUGAGCCCAGACCUCUAAUGGCGGAGCCAAGAGGACCCAUGCUAGAUCAGAGGGGUCCACCGUUGGAUGGCAGAGGCGGAAGAGAUCCCCGAGGCAUAGAUGCACGAGGAAUGGAGGCACGAGCCAUGGAGGCUAGAGGAUUAGAUGCCAGAGGAUUGGAGGCCCGUGCUAUGGAAGCCCGAGCGAUGGAGGCCCGAGCGAUGGAGGCCCGUGCGAUGGAGGCCCGUGCAAUGGAAGUCAGAGGGAUAGAAGCCAGAAGUAUGGAUACAAGGGGCCCAGUCCCUGGUCCUAGAGGUCCUAUACCUAGUGGAAUCCAAGGUCCCAGUCCAAUUAACAUGGGGGCAGUUGGCCCCCAGGGAUCCAGACAGGUCCCAGUUUUGCAGGGAGCAGGCAUGCAAGGAGCAAACAUUCAGGGUGGAGGUCAGCCUGGGGGCUUUAGUCCUGGCCAGAACCAGGUCACCCCACAGGACCAUGAGAAGGCUGCUUUGAUCAUGCAGGUUCUUCAACUGACUGCAGACCAGAUCGCCAUGCUGCCUCCUGAGCAGAGGCAGAGUAUCCUGAUCUUAAAGGAACAAAUACAGAAAUCCACUGGAGCACCUUGAAAGGUUUUCAAAAAUACCUGGCAACAAAUCUGGAAAUUAAUUCCAUAACUUUGUUGAAAUGUUGCAAAUAGAUGACUUCUGCAUCCUAACCCUUGAAUGACUCAAAUUGGUGCCAGGUGGAGGAUUCCCAUCACCUUCUCUCAGAACAAAAUCAGUUCAUUCUAUUGUCUUAGUUUGUAUAUUUUAUGUGACUUGAAAUAAACUUUGAACACAA